AUGGGUCAGGGAGGCUCAUUUUGUUGCUACAUAACUUGCCGUUCGGCAAGGGGGCUUGUAUGGCUUUGGGGUUUUCAGCUGGGCACCGGUUUACUUCGGCAAGUGCCUGGGCAAGUUCGUGGCGAUUGGGGUUUGGGACCGGGGAAUGGGUGUCGGCAAAGUGGGAGGCACGGAUCAGCCUAUGAGCUAGGGAUUGAAAGUAAAAACUGGCUAUUUAGAGAGGCGGGGCAAUUCCUUGUGGAAGCAAGAGCUCGGCCUUGCCGGGGCUGGGAUUAA